UGUGUAGAAUAUGUUAAUUAAAAAUUUGAUAUUUAAUUGAAAAUAAAUUUAAACUUAACAUUAGCAACAAUACAAUUUUAGUAAAUAAUUAAACAGUUUUUCUUAUAUUGAUUGUUUUUUAUCCACGCUGUUUACUAUGACCUUUUUCUUUUCUUUAUAAAUAGUUACGUGUAUGUAUGUAACACCUAGGUUCUAGGUAUAUACACCGAUGAAUCAUAUGUACAGAUGUAUAUUGCCACGAAAAAAAAAAAAAAAAAAAAAAAAAAACGUUAGGAAAGGAGGGCAUUACACGACAAUAAUGGUUUUUAAAUUAUUAAAUUAAAACAUGAUAUAUGUACAAUACACUAUUAUAGUUUUAAGUUUAUCGAUAUGUAGUAUUAAGACAAAAGACAAGUUAUUUGAUCUUCAAGCAAUAAAUAAUUACAAGUGAAUAAUUAUGGAAAAAUUAAUAAACCAUGUAAAAGAGUUCGUAAUUAAACUCUCAAAGAUUAACUUUGAUGUCGAAAAAUCAAAAAUUCAAAAAUACAAACAUAUUGACAUUGAGUUAAUAAAAGAGGAUAAACUAGAUUGGGUUCAAAUAACACACUGCAGUUUGACAAAUUUAUACCAUUCUGAUUGGAUUGAUGUUCUAUGUAAAGCAGUAUAUCAAUCGUCAGUUGAAAAUACAUCAACUUUAAUUUUGUUCAAAUCAAAUGAUAGUAAUUAUGAAUUUACUUAUAAUUUACAUAAAUUAAAUCAAUAUAGAGAAAUUUCGUCAAUUAUUCGUCAUCCCCAUUUAAAAGAAUAUUUAGGAAUAAAAAUUGAGCAUAAAUUAAGAAAAGAAGAAUUUGAAUUAUUUAAAAUAAAUUUACCGCAAGAGCUUAGUAAUUUGAAUAAAAUUUAUCCGAAUUUAAAAUAUACAUUACGAUGUGAUGAUCAGUUACUGUACAACAAUUUCGUGAGUUUGGACGAAAUUUUCAAUCAAUGUCAUUUGUUGAGUUCUGCAAUUGAAAAGGUUAUUACAUCAAGUAUUAAUGAUGAAUUUCGUCUGGAAUGUUCUAAAUUACUGGGUACUAUGCAAAGUGGCAAUUUAAAUAGUGCUAUGACGAUUAAAUUAUUUGAAUUAUUUAAUAAUAGUUAUGAAUUUAAAAAUAACCUACAACAAAGUGAUUUUUAAUUUAAAAAAUUAAGUUUACGUACUAAUAAUUUAAGGAAAUAGUUUUUAUAUAUUGAUUAUCACAGCAGUAAUUAUGACCAACUUGAAAUAAAUAUAAUUUAUUAACAAAGAUUAAUUCAUUUAAAUUCUCCCGCGUAUGCGCGUACUAAUGAAAAAACAGUAUGCGUAUGAAAUGAUGCGCAAUGAUAAAAGUGCUGCUGCAACGCGUUCAUUGCAAUGGGUAUGUACGACGACAUGUAUCCAAUUCAUUUGCUUCCCAAUUCCUAAUCCCCACUCGCCUGGGAAGCAGGUCAGGUUGUGUUGGGUGUUGGGUUCAUGCAAUUGACAGUACACUUAUAAACAUUAGUUUCUAUGUAGUUAAUAAUUACAAUAAAAAGUUGGGUUUAAAAGUUUAAUUACUUAUUUGAGAAUACAGGAUUCAAAUAGAACAAUGAAUAUAUUUAUAUAAUGAGGAUUAUAACGUCAAAAAUUAUCAUCUGUUUUAUUAUUAAUUAUUGUGCAUCAUGCAUCAGCGACAUUUAUCACUGUGUCCGGCAAAUAUAGUAUAUUCGUAGUUGGAUGAACCAGAGAUUCUCAACUUCGAAAAAGUAGCUCAUGUUUCAAAUCCUAAGCCUAGAAUGUAAGGGAGAAAUGGAGCAUCAAGCGUGUGUGUAAAAUCCCUAGAUUGGGAGUUAUCUUGGCGUCGACCUGGCGCGUGGGAAACUGGGCCAACAGUCCAGUAUCAUUUUUUUACAACCACGUUAUCGUUGAUCCACGUCGCCAGGGAGGCUGCCAAUGAUGCCGGGACCAACGUCCGAGAAACCCCGUGCGCAACGGUUAAAUGACAUUGAGAAACAAACAGCAAAAGGUUUGGGAUGUAAUCGAUCAGAAGAUUUUGAUACACCGGUUAGCUCGGGUGGCAACAUGGGAAGUGUCGCAAGAUUUCCAAAACUCGACGAGUGUGCUCAUUUCCAUUAUGAGCAUGUGGAACUUACUGACCUUGAGGUUUCAGUUACUGAGGUGCCAAACGACACGAGUUUUGCUGUACGUGUUACUUCGGGUGACACUUGUUGGACACUUCAACGUUCGUACGAAAAUUUUAUAAUGUUUGAUAGACAACUACAUCGUUGUAUUUUUGACCGCAAGUUCUCGUCACUUGCUAAACUACCAGAAGUUCAACCAGACAAUACUCAAGAUUUAUUGGCAGCUUACCUAAAACAUUUUUCAAAUUUAAAUCACGAAGGAUUGAAUUGUGGACCUGUACUCAAUUGGCUGCAGCUUGAUAAUCGUGGCAGAAGAAUUCUAGUUCCUGAAUCAGAUUCAUGUCCCAUUAACACACCUGCGGUAGCAGCUGCUUAUGCGGUGAGACCGUAUACGGCACAAGCACAAGAUGAGAUAUCAUUUCUGGUUGGUGACAUGAUAUCAGUAAUAGAUAUGCCACCACCAGGGGAGAGUAAUUGGUGGCGCGGUAAAAAAGGUUUUGCUGUUGGAUUUUUUCCUGCUGAAUGUGUCGCUGUUAUUGGUGACAAAGUACCUCGUCACUUGACUGUAUCAAAUAUUGUACGUUCUAAGUUACCCGUUAAACCCGUUCUCAGAAAACACGGCAAGCUUAUCGCCUUCUUUAGGUCUUUUAUUCUUAAUAGACCGUCUAGGAGACGAUUAAAACAAUCUGGAAUCCUUAAAGAACGCGUAUUCGGAUGUGAUUUGGGAGAACAUCUUUUGAAUUCUGGUCAAGAUGUGCCAGCUGUACUCAAGUGUUGUGCAGAGUUCAUUGAAACUCAUGGUUUGGUAGAUGGUAUCUAUCGUUUAAGCGGUGUGACCUCGAAUAUUCAACGACUGCGUCAUGCGUUUGAUGAAGAUCGUGUGCCUGCUUUGCAUUCAGAUGAGAGUAUACUCCAAGAUAUUCAUUCGGUAGCGUCCUUGUUGAAAAUGUACUUUAGAGAGUUACCUAAUCCAUUAUGUACAUAUCAACUUUACUCUACUUUUGUCACUGCUGUUCAAGCUAAUACUGAUGCGGAAAGAUUAAGAAGAAUGAGAGAUGCAGUUAGAAAAUUACCUCCUCCACAUUAUAGAACAUUGGAGUAUUUAAUGCGACAUUUGGUAAGAGUAGCAGCACGUGGCGCCGAUACAGGUAUGACACCUCGUAAUGUUGCUAUUGUUUGGGCUCCGAAUCUUUUACGUUGUAAAGAACUUGAAGUUGGUGGUGUAGCAGCACUUCAGGGUGUGGGUGUUCAGGCUGUAGUAACUGAAUUUCUUGUUUGUUUUGCGGAGCUAAUAUUCGGCGAUGGUCCAGUUGGUCGACCUAAAUCAUUGGCAAUUACAACUCCUGCUCGAUUACUUAGUCUCGAAGAGGCGAGAAAUCGAACUCUACGUAAUGACUCCGAGUAUAUUGAAGUAGGUGCUGGCCCAGCCGGAUUACCUGUACACUAUCAUACAGUAAUUGAGCUACCACGAAAAAGAAAUGGAUCAAAACGUUCACCAUCAUUAAAUUGGCGGGCAAUAUUUGGACGUGGUGGGUUUGGGGCUCGUGGUAAAACAAGACAAGUAAGAACUCCACCACAAAAUGAAACUAUACCGAGUUCUCUGAAUGCUAUGAGACGAUUAAGACCUGUUAAAAGUGCCGACAGUCUUGAUGGAGAAGAUAGUCUUGGUCCUUUAAUGGGUCCACUACCUAACAGACCAUGUGGUCACAGUCGAUCAGUUUCACAUGAUUCAUAUUUUGAUCAUCUUGCAGACGCACCAAGUUCUGUAUCUCCACUUGAUCUAUCUGAGAUACAACUUAACUUCGAUCUUGAAGAGCGAGAAAUGCGAAUGUUUUCGGAAGAAGAAAGUGGUGGUGUUGCAUCAGUGGAAGCAUCACCUCGCCGUCAAAGAAAUGAAGGCCCACCAUGUAUUGCUGUAAGUGGUGGGAGUAAAAGAAAAAGAUCACGUCUUGAAGAACGUCUUCAUUGUGAUGUUGAAUUAAGAUUUAUUGACAGUCAAAGCCCAGAUCAGAUAAUGGUAUCUGCAGAUAUUCAUGGAAUGGAAACACCAUCACCACUUACAACUCCAGGUUACCUGCCAUUGUUAUCAGAAGCUUCUACACCAAUUAGUCCAUCUACACUACAAGCAACACCAAUCUCUAUAACACCUAAGACAGGUAAUAGCCCUCGCAUAAGCUUCCGUAGUUUUACGUUGCCACUUGAUUUAGAUGAUCAAUCCUGUAAUUCUCAAAUAUUAAAAGGAGACAUGUCUUCCGAUAAAUUGUCUGUAGAUCCUCCUAGUCAAAGAUUAUCAGUAAAUUUAGACGAUCGUAGUAAUGCUAAGUCUUACGAGAGAGUUAAGACUUAUGAAAUUCAUGGAUCUUCGCCAGAAAUAUAUGAUAUGAAAAAAACGUCGGAUAAUUUAAUUGUGACACUUUCAGAUCAAGAGAUGACAUCCAGUGACAUACUAAAUCUUUCGUGCGCCACUCAAAACGAUGUAUUUUCUAAUGUUUCUGCUAUGAGCUUCCAAGAAAAAAAGUCUGUUUGUAAUAGUCAGAAUAGCUGUGAUGAACGGAAUCAAAGUCUUCCGAAUAAUACUCAAAACUCGGAAAAUGAUGGUAUUGUCGAUUGCUUGAUAAUUUGCCAGAAUGAAACUAUAGGUAUGCCGUCUUCGAGCACUACUGAUCUCGAUUCUCCAAUGUCUUGUGAGCAAACUAUUGAAGAGUUACCAGAUUCAGGAUUUGUUAUAUGUGAUGGCUCUGAUAAAAUUUUUACAAAUACAGAUAGUACACAAGCAUUAGCAACUAAUACUAAUGGUUCCGGGGAAUGGGUUAUGGUAGAAAGAACAGUUGAUUCUGUCACUACACCAACAAAUGAAGUAACUAAUUCAAAAGAUCAACUUGAAAGUACUUUCAAUUCUGCUAUUGCAACAAACCAUCCACUACAACAGAGUUGUGCUUCUGAUCUUACAAUGGGUUCAACUCUAGAUAUUGAUACAUCUUGCAUUGGACCGAGUGAUUUAAUAGAUAGCUCUAUUUUGGUGGAAGAAUCAACAAGUGAAAUAUCUUUCGACAUAAGUGAAAAUAAAAAUGAUAAAAUAUCUUCGGAAAAUGAAAAUAAUUUAGAAAAACAAUGCGGUAGUGAUCUUCGUAAUGGAAAUGAUCGAUGUUGUUCAGAGAGUGCAAUUAAUUUAAUGUCACAUCUUGACUCAGAAAAAAUGGACCAUGAGCAUGAAUGUUGUAGUUAUAGUUUACGUUUAGAUAAUGAAAAUCUCUAUCGUUGUAAUUUAAAUGAAUCGAGUGGAGUGAUGCUUUCAAAACCAAGUAUUGAAAAUAAUCAUUUGAAUUAUGAAUCAAUAAAUUCAAAUAAAGAUGUUCAGUAUAAUCGUACCAGUCAAUAUUCGUCAAAUAUUGAAAGAAAAAAUCUAACUGAUGAUGAAGAAUGUUUUAAAAGAUGUAAAGAUAUUCGGCAUAGCUUCAGUCAUAGCGCAAGAAGAUCACAGCCAAUCAGUCAGCAUAUUUAUUUAUCACAGCAUGCACAAAAAACGAUAAAAAGACAUUCAAAUACUCAAAUACGUGAUAAUGAAGAAGUCGUUAUUCAGUCGGAAAAUGCAGCUGAAGCUCAUGAGAUUGCUCAUGAUCCAGAAGGUGCAUCUGAAACUACGUCAUUAGAUUCUUCAUACACAUUUUCAAAUGCAUCAUCGCCUAUUGAUGAGUCUGCUGUUUUACGAGAUACAGCCGCAAUAUUACAAGAACUUGCAUUGCAAAGAUUAUCUGGUGGAGUUGGAAGUGAAACUCCAUUACAUUCAAGAAGAAAACAUGAAUCUGAUGAUCGUAGUCGGAAUCGAGGGAGUUUUGAUUUAGAAUUAAAUAGUGAAACUGAUACUGAAAUAAAUGCCAAACUAGAAGAUAAUUGUUUGCGUGGUAAAUCUGAAGAACAAUCAAAUAAUGUAACUCAAUAUUUACCCCCAUGCUUGCGUGCUCGUCAGGCAAGAGCAACAAGAGCUGCUUUAAGUCGUUCAUUAGAUGAAGAUAAAUUUAAUCGUAUGACUAGUGAAUCAACACGAAUGCCUCAAAAACAAUUGUCUGAUGAUUCUCAACACAAUUCAACCCCAAAUGUUGGUGAACAUUUAUUGUCUUGUUCUCAAAGCACGGAAAAAUUACAGUCAAGAAAUUUAGGACUCGAUCUUGGUGAUCCUCGCUGUCGUGAAAGAAUUGAAAAAUACAAAGAAGAAAGACGAGUAUUUCUCAGAGAUAAAUAUAGAAGUGAAAGUUUUCGAGGUUCCACAUCAAGAAACGAGGAUGAUGGAGAAUUGUUGGCUCGACUAAAACAACGUGCUACGAGACCCCUUCAUUGAUAUUUAUAUUUAUUAGUAUGACUAAGUUAUACUGUCUAAUAUAAGACUUUAAAUAUUGUUUAAUAACUUGUAUCUUCUAAUAUUGUUAGUUUGACGUUAUUAUAAAUUGUUUAUCUUGGAUGUUAGAGGAAAAAAAUCACAUUCCUAUUGUUAUUAUUUUUCUAUUAGAUGGAUAUAAAUUAUUAAUCUGAUCCUUAUCAAAAUAAUUAUGUCAUAGUUAUUUUUCGAAGCGUUGAGUUUAUGUUUUUUUCUUUUUACUUGUGUAAAUUAUUAAGUUUUUUUUUUUUUAAUUAUUAUCAUAAUAAAUAAUAAAAUAAUUUAAAAGCGUGAGAUU